AUGUUGUCAGAAGUCGCCACUCCACAAUUUCAAAUCCAUACCUACAGUCAUUUAUUUCAAUCACAACAGAUACAUUUUCAACUUACAAUACUUAAAGAUUCCGUAUUUAUAUGGGUUGGUACUGAAGGGAACGAAAUAUUAGGAGACUUGGCGAUUAUUAUGCCUCCACUUUUACGAAACAAAGGUUCUACCGGAACAACCGUAUUAAAAAAUGAUGUGGAGGAAAUUUCUAAGCAGUUUGGACAGAAACUUGCUACUAAAUUUAAUAAGCAAUUCUUCGUCAGCAUCAAUUUACCACCAAAUACGGAUGAAAUGAUGCGUUCUUUUGCCGAGAAGUCCGUUCUUGACAUAUUAAAGAACUUCUUUUCAUAA